GCAUAAAAAACGUCUUUGUGGGUCAGUUUUGCUCGUGCACAUCACUUUUGCCCCCUCUGCCUCUUCUUUGAUUGGUCAGCAGAAGCCUCAUUUCUACUGCACCUACACGCAUCAAUUUACCGCAAACACACCUCAAAAACCGUUUCCUGACGGGAUCAGGCACGAGGCAGUUCGGUUAUUGUCAUAAAUGUUUCACUUUCGGCUCAUUAUCAUAACGCCCUCCUCAGCCCUAUCCUUUCUCGUGUUUUCUUUCUUCUUUUUUUUUUUUCCAAACCCCCGAAUAGCUGAUGAUUCAGGAAACAUUUCUCUUUCAAUGUCCACUUCGUCUCCACUCCUCCUAAUGACAAACACCCCGAGAUCCAGCGUGCGCUCGCCUCGAGCAUAGGAAUGGCAGGUGCCCAUAAGGGUGGUGGCGCAUUACUGUGCUGCGAUGGGUGUUUUUCACGCGUCACCAGUGGGCGCCUCUUCCUGCGCACAAAGAGAGCAGAGCCCGGGGAUGCGCACAAUGUGAGUCUCCGCUCAGAGGCACCGCUGUCCUCUCUGCGUCUUGGCAGCAUCUUUUGUGGAGUGUAACGCGAGGAGGUCGAGGAUCAUUCCCCGGCGCUGCGCGUUACCGUCCUCGGCACCGCAAGAAAGGGGGGGAAAAAAGAAAGAAAGAAAAAAAAAGAAAAAACUCACAGACUGUGGAAUUUACCGAGCUAGAGGUUACUGUUAGUCCCAUCCUCCAAGACGCACUUAGCCGGAGCAGAAUUUAAAAAAAAAAAAAAAAAACUGCUGGAGCAGAGAGGAGAGCAGAGCAGAGCAGAGCUCUUCUUGUGACUGCACAGAGGACAAGAGUUGCUGCGAGAAAAUGCUCCCUGCUCACCAGAGCCUGAAAUAACGCAUCCGACGGAUACUGGAAUUACAAUCUAAAGCAGUUUAAUGAAGAGGAAAAAAAUUGCGUCCUAGGAGCAAAUUAAAAUUCUUGUAUUCAAGGGGAGAGCGUUCCUUUCACGAGGCAAUUGGAUGAGAGUCUUAUUAGCCCUCGGCAACUAAAGAUGAUGUUACCAUGGAGACAAAUUGUUCUGCUAUCAAUCACUGGAUGCCUUGCAGCCUGUACAGAGGAUGUCAUAUUUCAAGGGCCAAGAUGGAGGACGGAGCCAAGUGACCUCAUUUUACCGAUCAACUCCCCGGACCAGCACGCUACCAUCACGUGCGAGGCAGAAGGCAGCCCUCCCCCGCAGUACAGAUGGUCACUAAACGGAACACUCAUUGAUCUGGGGAAUGACUACCGGCGUCACAUGUCUGGGGGCAGCCUGAUCAUUAGCAACCUGGACAAGGACCAAGACACCGGGGUGUUCCAGUGCACGGCCUUCAACGCGUGGGGGUCCAUCCUCAGCCGCAGAGCCAGCCUGCAAUUUGCAUAUCUCGAUAACUUCAAAACUCAAACCGUGAGGAGCGCUGUCAACGUCCGUGAGGGCCAGGGCGUGGUGCUGUUAUGCGGACCACCUUUACAUUCCGGAGAGCUGACAUUUGCAUGGAUCUUCAACGAGUACCCGAACUUCAUUCAGCAAGACAGCCGGCGGUUCAUCUCUCAAGAGACGGGGAGCCUGUACAUCGCGAAGGUGGAGCCAUCAGACGUUGGCAACUACACCUGCGUGGUCAACAACACUGUGACGAGGGAGAAGGUGCUCAGCUCUCCAACACCGCUGGUCCUCAGAAAUGACGGAGUAAUGGGCGAAUAUGAACCCAAAAUAGAAGUUCAUUUCCCCGAUUCGGUUCCAGCUGCGAAGGAAUCGGCGGUGAAGCUGGAAUGCUUCGCUCUGGGAAACCCUGUCCCAGAAAUAAGCUGGAGGAGAACGAGCGGCAUCCCCUUCCCCAGCAAAGUCAAAAUGAAGAAUUCAAACGCCGUCCUUGAAAUCCCCAAUUUCCAGCAGGAAGACGCGGGGACGUACGAGUGCAUGGCGGAGAAUCGGCGGGGCAAGAAUGCCGCGCGGGGUCGCAUUUCAUUCCACGCCAAACCUCACUGGCUCCAGACAAUGACGGACACAGUUCUGUCCAUCGAGGAGAACCUCUUCUGGGAGUGUAAGGCCAACGGGAAGCCAAAGCCGUCCUACAGCUGGCUGAAGAAUGGGGACACGGUGACGCCUGAGGGCCGCGUACAAAUCGAAAACGGGGCUCUCUCCAUAGCUGCAUUAAACCUGUCGGACUCCGGGAUGUAUCAGUGUGUGGCAGAAAACAAACAUGGCAUUAUUUAUUCCAGUGCCCAACUAAUGGUGUUAGCUUCACCUCCCAGCUUCGCCAAAAGUCCAUUAAGAGCCGUGCUAAAAGCUCGCUCAGGCAGCGAGGUCACUCUCGAAUGCAAGCCUCAGGCCUCGCCCCCAGCAAUUAGCCUGUGGAAGAAAGGGAACGAGAUCCUGCAGAGAACUGAAAGGAUCACCUUGCUUCCCAACGGGACGCUAAAGAUCGCCAAUGUAACCAAGCGGGAUGCAGCCAGCUACACGUGCGUCGCUAAGAAUCAGUUCGGGACAGCGAGUACAACCGGGAGGCUGCUUAUCACCGAGCCCACCAGAAUCACCAUGAGGCCGACUAACAUGGAGAUUAUUGUUGGCGAGAGCAUCGUGCUACCCUGCCAGAUUGCCUGCGAUCCAGCUCUGGAUGUGUCUUUCUCAUGGGCAUUCAACGGCCAGCUCAUCGACUUCCAACGAGACAGCGAUCAUUUCGAAAGAGUGGGCGGGACUAUAUCAGGGGAUCUGAUGAUUCGGAACAUCCAGCUGAACCAUGGAGGGAAAUAUGUGUGUGUUAUUGAUACCGAUGUGGAGAGCCUAUCCACAUCUGCCAUCUUGGUUGUCAAAGGUCCGCCAGGUCCUCCGGACAAGGUGGCGGUGGAAGAGAUCACAGACAGCACGGCCCAGAUCUCCUGGACUCCCGGAAGGGACAACGGCAGCCCCAUCACCGGCUACAUCAUUCAGGCAAGGACACCCUUCACAGUGGGCUGGCAGGCUGUUGACACAGUGCCGGAGGUAGUCAAUGGUAACAUGCUGACAGCCGCAGUGGUGGGUCUGAACGCCUGGGUGGAGUACGAGUUCAGGGUGGUGGCCCGCAACGCUGUAGGCCUGGGAGAGCCCAGCCCGGCCUCGGCUAAGACCAGGACAGAGGAUGCCAUUCCUGAUACAGCUCCCACUGAUGUCGGGGGUGGAGGCGGCACAAAGUCUGAAUUAGUGAUAACAUGGGAGCCUGUUCCCGAGGAACUGCAGAAUGGAGAGGGCUUUGGAUACAUCAUUGCCUUCAGGCCCGUGGGCACGGUCACGUGGACGAGAGCGGUGAUCUCCACGCCUGGCGUGGCUCGUUACGUCUUCCGCAACGACACCAUCCCACCCUUCUCGCCAUUUGACGUGAAGGUGGGGGCAUACAACAACCGUGGCGAGGGGCCCUUCAGCUCCAUUGGCACCGUGUUUUCAGCAGAGGAAGUCCCCAGUGUGGCUCCUAAGAGGGUUAGGACUAGAAGUGUGUCUGCAGUGCAAAUUGAAGUGAUCUGGGAAGCUCUCCCUGCCAUCCCUGAAAGAGUGCUUGGAUAUGAGAUCGUGUACUGGGAAGAUGACACCAAGCCUGACACUGUUGGCAAAGUGCGCAUAUCUGGAAACUACACGCUGGUGAACAUCACGGGGCUGAAAGCGAACACAGUGUACUACCUCUCUGUGGCUGCUUUCAACACGGCUGGCCCCGGGCCACAGUCGGCGCCCAUCAACUCCACCACAAAGAAACCACCUCCAGAUCGGGCUCCACUCAACAUCCAGUGGACCAUGAUAGGCUCCACCCUCACGCUGCACUGGGAUCCUGUCGUUGCUGUGGAGACGGAGUCAAAGGUCACUGGAUAUCUGGUGCUGCUUAAGAGACACCGCAACAACGACAUCAGCACUAUCUUGACCAACAAAACCACUGCGGAGCUCAGCCUCUCCGCCAACGACAACUAUCUCAUUCAGAUCAAGGCCAUGAGUGAGGGCGGUGAAGGUGUGGGCAGUGAACCCAUUCACAUCCAUAAAUUAAGCAUGGGAGCGCGGGGUUCAGGAGCCGUCCGCCUCGGCCCAUUGUACCUCUCCCCGGUCCUCAUCAGCGGGCUGCUCUGCUCCGCCUGGUGAUGUCUAAUCAGAGCCCACGGAGCGCCCUCCCUCCCUCCCCCCACCCCCACCUCCAUCCCUUCAGUCAGCCCGUCCUGUGUAAACCCUCCACUGGACUGGCACGCGGCUGGGGCUUCAGUGGCAGGACCAGGGAAGACUGGAAAGGACCGGACUCCGCCAAAACUCUUAAAGGGACCACGCCACUUUCUUUUAAAGGACCAUCAGAUAGAGACGUGAUGAUUUGCGUGCAUGAUAUCUUUCGGUAUUUCUUCCAGCGUCAUAAGUGCCACCGUGCUCUAGGUUUCAUUUUUUUCAGAAGUUGCGAUGUCUACAUGACUUAUCUAACGAGUAUCUUUGGAGAUACUACUGCCUUAAAACCCAUUUUACACAUAAAGUCCAUACCAAAGUAGGUGAUAGAGGCUGCUUGCUUUAUGGUUUUGUUAAUCCUAUCAAAAAAAAAUCUACUUUCCAAAAAGUGAAUUCGCAAGAAUUUGUCUCCCCGAGGCCAACUUCUCAGCAGGUGAUUAGCCCGUAUGCAGUGGUUUUAUCGUCUCUAGAAAUAAAUCUUAAUCCAUUCCAUCGAAAGAACAUCAACUACGAUCCACAAUUAUCACAUUCUUCGCAGCUUUUGCCAAAUUAAACAUCCAUUGCAGGCUUAAAAGUUUUUAUGAGGCUUAGUCAGACGUGUAAAAGAUGCACAGCAAAUUGAUCAACUGUGCCUCAGUCCCACUUAUCUCUGUGUAAUAUUAGGUCUUUCCGAGAGCCGCUGGCUCCUGAGCUUAGGGCCCUCUCUACAUUACUCUGAUAGAUCCUGGCAUUUGCUCUCUAUCUCAUGCUCCUCUAAAUAAUAAAUGCCUAUCACGCUCUGCAUUCUCAGUCUAGCGAAGAAAAAAAAAGUCGGGAUUGCAGAGAAUAGAGACGUGUGUUGUUACUAAGUCAAGCAGAUCCCAUGUGUACUGUUCCUCCUCUACAUUUAGACGACCUGUGUUCUAGAUACGUAUAUCAUAUCACAGAACAUGCACCGUCUACACCCCAGAUGACCAGCUGGCCCCGGCGCAUAAUGGACUACAGGAUAACAGUGCCUUCACCAGAGCUCACUCUUUUUCUCUUUCUCUCUUUUUUUUUCCUUUUUCAAAUCGUUUAGGAGAAAGAUUCAUGUUGCAGUGGAGGCAUCGUUUGCUUUCCCCUCCGCAGAAAUUAGCGAGGAAGGACGGGAAGCUCAGAAUGUAGAGGGAGCCCAUUAUUGGAAAGGGUAUGUUGAUUAAAUUUUCAUCGAGAAGUACACCGGGGGCACCCGAGACAAAAAAAAAAAGGGUAGGAAGCUUUCGGAAAAGCUGCAAUGGAUUGAGAUAUAUGGCGGAAAUUUUGGUUUUAGUAUUUAUGGUCUGUGGUAUAAUAAAUGUAUGACUCCAUCCGUGGCAUAAUUUAUGGGCUAUUAAGGCAUCAGAAUAAUUGAUGCCAAUACCACGGUGAAAGAGCCCUGACUGGAAAUGGAGCGAAAAGGCAUGGCUGUCAUUUUAUCCCCCUACCCCAUCACCCUCUAUUGGACACAUACCAGACUGAACGGUAACAAAGGGACAUUGCUACUCUGCUGAGAGAGCUACUUUUCACACCCUUUUAUCAGGAGGAUGAGUCUGUCAAAAGCCACCCAAGUAAGAGCCGAGGUGUGAUUACUGGGGUCCUGACAAUGUUCGCGUGGAUGUGGAAGGAUACAGUCAACUGAACUGCUACACAUUACUGUGCCUUUGCCGAACAUGGGGCUGUGUAGGUCAUUAGCUCGAAGGCUGUCGUCGUCUGUAUUUUUGCACUCUCUAGCCCCCCUCCCCACCACUGCCGCCACCACCACCACCACAACCACACCCCAACCCAUCCUCCCCAAAGUCGAAUGAAAGCACAAGGAAUUGAUGCAAGGUGACUGGAUGUCCUCACUUAGCCGCCUGAACAGGUGUGCAGACCCCAGAGGCCUCGUAAAAAGUCCAAACAGCCGACAUAAUCAGGCUGUCCUAUCUGCUCCUUGACUGGUUUCAUAAAGCUCUGUGCCCGUUGAUUAGACUGCUGCAGACCAGUCAAUGGGAUAUUGAUUUUCCUGCCCCAUUAUUACGGCUGUCACAAUUCAGCUGCUUGAUUGACUGAUGGUUGCUUUCUUAUUGCACUCUGUUCUGUUGUGCUACAGUCAAUGAUGUUUCAGAUGUCCUCCACCGCUUCGCUCCCGACCGGACAACAGCAAAGGCAUUCUUUCUCUGUUGUCCUCCCGUUUGCUUUUACUAGAAUUCUCACUGUAUUUGCUCAAGUUCUUUUCCACAUAUUUUACACGUAUUUUGUAGUGCAGUGGUAGAUUGUGACUUUGAAUUGGGGCAGUGACCUGAAAUUGAUUGGCUGGCUGAUUCUAUUGAGUUAAAUGUCAAACACGACUACCGUUUGGGCUGUGGUGCUCCAGCGGUACUGUAACUUUCUUUCCAAUAGCAUAAAAAAGCCCAGUCACACCAGCAUUCACAACAGUAACAUUUGAUGGCAAAAGUUCAAUUCAUUUUAAUUGCUACGACUCACUUGUGGGGCAGAUGAAAUCUGGUGAAAUAUUUUCUUUUUGCGUGGAGUUCAACUAACCCUUGAGGGAACUGAGGAUUUCAACAUGGGGGAAGCUAACGCAGAGCCGUGUUGCACUCCACUUUACUUAACCCUCCUCAGAUGGAGUACAACACGCUCCACAAACGAGGAUUCACUUUGAGUCUGGUUUCAGUGGUACAAAUACAUUGUGUGAACUAAAUAUCCUGUCAUUGACUAAGCUGGCUAGCUCGCUAACUGUCAGUGAGCUGGUUUACUAGCUAGCUUGUAGAGGUUUUUAUUUAGUAAAUAUGUAAAAAAAAAUAAUAAUAAUAAUAAAAAAUGAGAAAAACUUGAUGUUGGACAAUCUCGAGAACAAAUACUCUCUAGAUUUAGCAUCUGCGUGUUUAGCCAUUAGCUUGACAGCUUCAUUAGCCCUUAAACUAGCCCUGCAAGUAUUCACUAUGUCAACGAGCCUCUAGCAACGCCUGUUUCAUAAAGACGUACUGAUGAAUAGCUUAACUCUGUGCCACUUUCUGGUGUGACCGGGCCUCAAAGCAGCUUGUGUGUGCAAAUACGUGAUCCAAGUGGUGUUAUUUUUUUUUUUCUUCUUUUGGGUUAAUAUCCAACUAAGGUAACCUCAUUGCCAGAUGUUAAACUACAAAGUUAUUACUUCACGUGUGACAGUUUCUUAGAAUUUUCGUAUUUAUUUUAUUUUUUUCAAUUAGUUGUAAUUCAGCCUAAUGUUUCUUACCUCUGCUCAUGCUCACAUUAGAAAACAAACUAUUGUUUCUGGCCUUGUGCUUUAAUAAAUACUAUGAAGUACAAUCUAAAGGAAAUGAAAGAAGUGAUGGGAGCCACCAGCUGGAAUGGUCGAAAUGUAUUGAUCUCAGAACAACGUGUCUGUUCAUAUCCACAAGGUCGGUUUGUUUAGAUUGGUUUCUGUGGUUGUUGUUGCUAGAAUGGAGUGUACCUGGUGCAGUGUAAAUAGCUUCCAUAUAUUUUUUAAAACAUGGCCAUCAAAGACAACCUUAUUGCUUUUUAUAUAGUGUUUUCUCCGACCUUAAUACUGGUGUAUUAAUCAAUGAUCUCUGUGAGAUACUGACAUGUAGAAUGGCAUUUUCAUAUUGAAAAGUAACUGUUUUGUCUUGUAUACUAAAAUUGUGCAUGUUAAUCAUUGUUUGUGAAUAUGUGUUGGAUUUUUUUCUAAAACUAUAACUUAAUAAAAAUGUUUA